GUGGGAAGAGAACAAAAGGGUGGGGCUGACUGGCGGGGAGGGGACACGGCGAAUUCUGGUUGGAGGUGUUGCUUGCUUGGCUUUCCAGCCCAGCCUUCCCCACCCCCAUCUUCUCCCUGAUUUGCAGAUUCAUCGGGUAGCCAUAGUUGGGCCCUUUCCCAUUAGUGGGCCUGGAGUUUGGCUUGUAUAAGUCAGAGUGACUCAACGUUCAUUUGAAAGUAAAAGGCAGACUUUCCCUUCCCAGCUUAACUGCCGGCAGAGUGAGGCAGCUGCUUCUGCAACCAGCUGGUGUGAGCUCUUCUCUGGCAUUGACUUAGCCAGAGUUUGACACUUAAAGCUUGUUUCAUAAGUGCAGGUCCCUUGCAGUUCUGCUGUCAUUUCACUUUUUCAGACUCUCAGACCUUCAUACGUUCAUUCACUAAACAAUGAAUAAGGUGUCCUCACCUCCAGAUACCAUGCUGGGAACAGGAGAGUGGGUGAGACAGAUAAGAUGCCACCCCUACGCACAGGGAGCUCCGCGUCUGGGUGGGGAAAACAUGGUACUGUGUGUGCCUGUGGCACUGACCCAGGUGCUGCAGCACCUCUCAGCUCAUCUUCUAAAUAUUUGCGUUAAACCUCUUGGGAAGAUGAAGAGGCGCCCAGAGCCUGCUUCGUGAGCCCAAGCCUGUGAUGCUUUGCUGUUCCUUCUGUCCAGUCCUGGCUGCUUUUCCUCCUCCUGCUCUUGCAGAAAACAGAAAGGAACCCCUGUGUCUUCAUUUAACAAUCAUCUCUUUUAGCAGCAGGAGUCAAAGGGAAACAGAUCAAAGAUGUCACUUUCCGUGUUCCAGUGGAGACGGCAUCCUCCGGAAAGCCCUAGAUAAGAUUGCGGAAAUCAAGUCUCUGUUGGAAGAGAGGCGGAUUGCGGCCAAGAUCGCGGGCCUGUACAAUGACUCGGAGCCCCCUCGGAAGACCAUGCGCAGGGGGGUGCUGAUGACCCUGCUGCAGCAGUCAGCCAUGACCCUGCCCCUGUGGAUCGGGAAGCCUGGUGACAAGCCCCCGCCCCUCUGUGGGGCCAUUCCAGCUUCUGGGGACUACGUGGCCAAACCUGGAGACAAGGUGGCUGCCCGGGUGAAGGCUGUGGAUGGGGAUGAGCAGUGGAUCCUGGCCGAGGUGGUCAGUUACAGCCAUGCCACCAACAAGUAUGAGGUAGAUGACAUUGACGAAGAAGGCAAAGAGAGACACACCCUGAGCCGCCGGCGGAUCAUCCCACUGCCGCAGUGGAAGGCCAACCCGGAGACAGACCCCGAAGCCUUAUUCCAGAAGGAGCAGCUCGUGCUGGCCCUGUAUCCCCAGACCACCUGCUUCUACCGUGCCCUGAUCCACACGCCCCCGCAACGGCCCCAGGAUGACUAUUCGGUCCUGUUUGAAGACACCUCCUAUGCAGAUGGUUACUCGCCUCCCCUCAAUGUGGCCCAGCGGUACGUGGUGGCUUGUAAGGAGCCCAAGAAAAAGUGAAGCGGCCUAGCGGCCUCGCGAUCUCCUGACACCCUCGAAGGAUGCAACACACGAUUCUGUGAUCGAAUAAAUAUUCCUCCUCCCUUG